GUCGUUGAAGCGGAACGGGAACUAAUGACUGACGAUGUGCGCUUAGCUUAGCUGCUACAGAAAACUCACUCAGAGAUUUUGGUAAAAUUUGUACACUGAUGUCGGAAGUGAACAUGUAACAUCAUAUAACGUUUCCCUUCGUUUCCUAUAGGUUUAUAUGGUGGAUUGUCCUCGGAAAUAGUGUAUUUGUCGUGUUGAUCCUGCGUGAUAGCGUGUCAUAGACGUGUAGAUUUGCAAUUGUAAAUUUGUGGAGCCCCAUCUACUUGAAUUUGUGUAUGGAGUAUCUGCAUCACACAACAAUGGAGCUGUUGAUUGUAUGUACAUGGAUCUUAUCAAGUUUGGUGAUCCAAGGUCAUUCCAGUACCCCAAUCAUUGCUACUCUACCAGCAGAAGUUGCAGGAGUGGAGAAAGUAUAUUCUAAACCUGGUACGAUGGGUUUUCGUAUUCUAUGGAGUGAAUCAAAUAGCGCCCUCAUUGGUGGAAGGGAAACGCUGCUCACAUUAAAUCAUAACGAUCCACACAAUCUUACAAUGAAUAUAGAGGAAUUCAAAACGUGUGACAAUGGAAAUGCAUUUAUCCAGUGUCGUGCUCGUACAACAUUUAAAAGUGAUAGAGACUGUUUCAACUUUAUAAGGAUUGCUGAGAUAAUGACCAAUAACAUGCUGCUGGUGUGUGGAACCAAUGCCCUCAAUCCAAGAUGUUACACCUGUAAUGUAACGAGAAAUAGUGCGGGCAUAGAAGGAGUAAGUUGUCCAGGACCUAGAGGUGAGGGAACAUGUUCAUUCAGUACUGCACAAGGUCACGGGACUGUGGAUGGCACUGGGAUAGCACCCAAACACUGGGAACUGAACGCAACUUCACAAUAUUCCGAUGGUCAGUUAUUCCUGGGAGUUUCACUGACCCAUGGCAAGUCAGAGACGUCUAUCUCCAGGGUUGAUGUUUACCCUGCAGGUUCCGGUGGCUCGGAUACAUCGUUCACUAAACGGCUCGAUACGACAUCUUACUUCUCUCGAUCAGUCAACGAGGCUGACUUUGUUGGUAAACCAUUGGUGAUUGGAGAUCGAGUGUACUACUUCUAUCGUGAGUUAGCCGUUGAGCAUGUGAAUCAAGGCAAGAUGGUGUACAGUAGAGUGGCCAGAGUUUGCAAGGAUGAUGUUGGAAUUACCAGAUAUUGGUCAAGUUUUCAGAAAGCAAGGUUGAGCUGUUUUAUUGAUGGGGAUUUUGCUUUAUAUUACAAUGAAAUACAGGACAUAUUUGUUGAAGAGAGAGGAUUAGAUCACUACAUUCAUGCAGUGUUCUCUGGUGUACCUAACGGACCACAGAGCUCAGCUGUAUGUGUCUAUCGUCUGUCAGAUAUUGAUACAAUCUUUGAUACUAGCAGCUUCAAAGGUCCCCUCUCAUCAGAUCAUAUCUGGCUCACCAGACCAAGGAGUGAAGUCCCUACUCCUAGACCAGGUCUAGAUUGCAAUGACCCAACCCAGGACCUCACCUUCAUCGAGCAGUUUCCACUCAUGCAGAGACUUGCUCAAAGUGUUCCAAUAUUCACGGUCGACAAUGCCAGAUUUUCUUCCAUCGUCGUGGACAACAUUACCGAUCAACAAAUCUAUUAUGUCGGUACUGAAUCUGGCUCUGUACUGAAAGCGUAUCGUGAAUUUCCUGGUGAUGCAGAAUUCAAAGUUUAUGAAUUAAGUGUGACGGAUAACAAGCAGCCCAUAGUUGGUCUUCAGCUAGCCGGAGACAGCACAAACCGUCACAUCAUAGCUGUAUCAGAUAAUGCCGUGUACAGAGUGCCUCUACAUAACUGUGCUACAAACUGUGAAAGGAGAUGUUCAGAACUUUUGAAGGGCUAUUGCCACUGGGAAGGCGGUUGCUGUAGAGCCAAUGGCCAAUCAACAUGUGCUGAGAACCCAUCAGAUGUUUAUGUGAGCCUUCAGCCCAGUCAGUCAGUGACGGUUUGUGAGAAUGAAAAGAUUCAGCUCUAUUGCCAAGCCCAGACUGACCCCUUCUGCCCUGCUAUCACCCUGGAAUGGACCAAGGAUGGCGGUCAACCCAUCAAUGACCUCGGUCAUCUUAUCAGUAUGGAUCAGCUGUUUGAUGACCCAUCGGACCAGCUUAGUGUCCUGACUGUCCAGUCGGCUCUCGCUAGGAAUAGUACAUCCAUGGAAUGCACCGCUCAGAUGAAGAUUGGAGGCGUGCCUUAUAAGACCACAAAGUCAACCACUAUUAACAUUACAAAUUGUAUCACUACUGCCGCCUUGGAGAGGAGAUACACUCUUCAUCAGAAACUACACGCGGAGAAUCAAGAUAGCAAGAAAUGCUCUGUUGAUGUCUUUGACUGUGCUAAUUGUGGCUGCUUUCCUUAGACCAUCGAUCAGACUACCCAAGGA